UUCUUUGAUUAGACUCCAAUAACACGUGUCAAAUGAACAUUUGUCCAAAAACUUUCCAUUUUCUGCAACAAAACACUCACACCUCCCGCUCAAAAAAACAGCCUCUGUUCCGUUUCCACUUCUGAUCACACACCCCGCCUCGUCACCACCUUCCUCACACUCUCUGUACGAUAUUCCUCCAUUUUCUCUCUCCUCUCUUUACAAAAAACACUACUCAUUUUUUCUUUUCUCUAUCAUACAAAAAAUCUGGGUUAUUUUUAUACCAAAGUUCGUAAAUUUAUCUACCUUUCUUCUAAACAUUUUAGGGUUUUUCUCCGCUCUCCAUUUCUCGUCAAAUCACAGUGUUUUCCGGUUUGAAGGCCGAAGCUCCGCCGCCGGAAUCGUCGCCGCUACCAGAAGCCGUCCAAAGCACUGCAACCACAGUCAACAGAGUACAAGCAUUUACUGCGGAUAGAACAUCAUUUGAAUGCGAAAAUGUCACGAAAGAAGAUGAAGCACUCAAAUUCUGAUAUAAGUGAAUCAGAACUAGAUGAUUAUAUAGAUGAUGUCUACUAUCGAUUGAAGAAAGAUAGGUAUGAAGUUAAGUUAUCAAAGAAUACAUUCAGGUGUCCUUUUUGUGAUGAAAAGGAGAAAAAGGACUAUUAUUUUUAUGAUCUUCUGGAUCAUGCUAGAGCUUUAGGUAAAGGCCCUAGUAGGGAUGGUGUUAAGCUUAAGGGAAAGCAUAAAGCCCUUGGUUACUACCUGGAUAAGUAUCAUCGUCCUAGAGUACCAUCUUCUGGUAAAGGCAUUUCACAGGUGAAGCAUGAUGACAGGGACUGUCCAAGAGUAUCAUCAAUGUCUUCUGGAAAAGGCACUUCAUUGGUGAAGCAUGAUGACAAGUACAGUCCUAGAGUAUCAUCAAUGUCUUCUGGAAAAGGCACUUCACUGGUGAAGCAUGAUGACAAGUACAAUCCUAGAGUAUCAUCAAGCCCCUCUGAAAGAAGCACUUCGCGGCUCAAUGAUCACAAUGACACUGAAAAAUAUGUCUGGCCAUGGAAAGGCAUUGUGGCUAAUCUCCCUGUUGAACUCAAAAAUGGAAGGUAUGUUGGGGAUAGUGGAAGCAAGUUACGAGAUGAACUUGCCAAAAAAGGUUUUAACCCGUUGAAGGUGAUACCUUUGUGGAGUGUUCAAGGCCAUUCUGGAUUUGCCAUUGUAAAUUUCAGCAAGGAUUAUCAGGGAUUUGAAAAUGCUUUAUUUUUUGACAAGGACUUUGAGGUAAAUCACCAAGGCAGGCGAGAAUGGUACUCAACAAAGGCUGAUGCUCGUGGUGACAAACUCUAUGGAUGGAUAGCGAAGGAGAAAGACUAUAUCUUGAAUGAUCUGGUUGGGAAGCAUCUGCGUGACAAUGGAGAUCUCAAGACUUUGGCUGACCUUGUUGCCGAAGAACAAAGGAAGGGAAACUGCCUAGUUUCAAACCUGAGUCAGACCAAGGAAGUGAAGGAUAAGCAGGAAAAAGAAAUAAAGAAAAAGCUCAAUGAGACAUGUGCUGCUUUAGAAAAGGUAAUUGAGGAAACAGAUAAAAUGACCCACGCUUACAAUGAAGAGAUGGAGAGGAUGAGAAACCGGACAGUUAAGGAUAAGGAGAAGAUACUGCAUGACCAUGGGAACUUUAAGCGCAACCUAAAAUUUCAGAAGGAUAAGCUGGAGAAACAUGAAAUAUUGUUGGAGAAACGUGAAACUGAUUAUGACAACAAAAUAAUCAAGCUUCGACACCAGAGGAAAAUGAAUGAGUUAGCAACACAGGAACAACAUCGGUCAGAACAGAAAGUACUAAAGCUUGUUGAGGAGCAUGAGAGGGAAAAGGAGGCGCUCCACAAGAAAAUCAUUGAUCUGGAAAAACAGACUGAUCAGAGGCAAGCAUUAGAGUUGGAGAUAGAACAAUUGAAAGGAGCUGCUCAAGUUAUGGAACAUAUGGGAAGGGAUUCUGAAACCAAGAAAAAAAUGGAAGAAAUCAAUGAAGACCUGAAAGACAAGGAAGAAGAACUGGAGUGUUUAGACGCUCUACAUCAGACCCUGAUAGUUAAGGAGAGGAACUGCAAUGAUGAGUUGCAGGAUGCACGCAAGGAAUUGAUAACUGGGUUGAAGGAGAGGAAAGCUGUCCGUGCUAACAUUGGUGUAAAAGCAAUGGGUUGUCUUGAUAAAAAAGUUUUUGAAAGUGUUGCCAAAGAGAAGUACUCCAAAGAAGAAGCACCAGCCAAAGCCAACGAACUCUAUGAUUUGUGCAUAGAGUAUAUUGGAGAUCAUGACUGGCAUCCUUUCAAAUUUAUUACUGAGUGUGGAAAACCCAAGGAAGUAAUAAACGAAGAAGAUGAGAGAUUAAUUAUGUUGAGGAAUGAACACGGAGAGAAGGUUUGGCAGGCUGUUACCACUGCAAUGAGCGAGCUUAAUGAAUACAAUCCUAGUGGUCGAUAUCAAGUACCCGAGCUUUGGAACAUGAAGGAUGACAGAAAGGCAACAUUGGGAGAAGUUACAGAGUACGUGGUGAACCUUUGGAGAUCACACAAGAAGAAAAAAUAGCUGAAUUUCUGUAUGUCAACUUGUCAAGGAUAACUUUUUUUGAGCUAACUUAACAACAUUACCAAAGCAGUACAUAAACUAAAACACAUAAUAUCUCAUCUAAGGUGGUAUUAACUGGUUUAGUAAGAUACACUUGACUCUGAAAAUCUGAAGUUGACAUUAUUGUGAAAA